CUGAAUGUCUAAAUGUCUGAAUAUGACUUAACAGCAAUUUAAUAAUUAAACAAUUUCAGGUUGUGGGGAAAACUCCUAUGGAUCCGACUGUAAAGGAGUAUGCUCUAUACAGGCUGAUAUGUGUCGUGGUAUUUUCAUGUGUACAAGUUAUGGAUGUACAUGCCCAGUGGGACUAACCGGUCCAUCGUGUAACAAAGACUGUACAAUGGGUACAUAUGGAGCUGAUUGUAGACAGAAUUGUUCCGAGCAUUGUCUUAAUAAUAUGUGUGAUCGAUAUACAGGUGCCUGCUUAUAUGGUUGUUCAGUCGGAUAUAUACUACCAUAUUGCAGUGAAAGUAAAUGUAUUUUUUAAAUGUUUAAUGGUAAACAAACAAACCUAUUAUUUAUGAAUGAAAUAAUAAUAUGUUUUGUUUGAUCAAAUAAAUCCAUAAUAUUCUUCACGAAAGAUUAUAAAUACCUAGCUUUAGAGUUGUAUACAGGUUUAGUUACUGUCACCUAUCUGGGAAUAGUUCUAAUAUUUGCCAAUUUGCACAUUUCUUGAAUUUUUAGAUUCUGAACGA